GUUUUAUCAUACCAUGGAUAAUAGCAGCCUAGGAUUCCUUGAAGAUGCUAACUCCUCCCUACAGAUUGGACUUCAGUCAUGCACUUUCUUCAGGAACCAGGUCUCCCGUAUCUUCCUUUAUGCCUCACUGUCACUUGGCAUCUUCUGUACAGUGGUUGGCAACUUCCUAGUUGUUAUGUCAAUCGGCUACUUCAAGCAGCUGCAGUCCCCGACAAACUCCUUUGUCAUGUCCCUUGCAGUAGCCGAUUGUCUUGUUGGCCUGGUAGUGAUGCCUUACAGUAUGAUCCGUACUGUGGAGGGAUGCUGGUAUUUCGGUACCCUCUUCUGUAAGCUUCAUUCUAGCCUUGAUGUCAUGCUUUGCACUGCCUCCAUAUUCCAUCUCAGCUGCAUAGCCUUUGACCGUUAUUACGCAGUCUGCAACCCACUUGUUUACUCCCUCAAGAUGUCCCAACAUCGUGUAGCUCUUCUCAUUGCCAUUUGUUGGGCUGUUCCAAUGCUAAUUUCCUUCGGCCCCAUUAUGCUAGAUCUUCACAUUACUGGGGUAGACGUGUCAAUUCCUGAAGAUGCAUGUGUAUUCCUUGUCAGUCGCUUAUAUGCUGUCAUGGCUUCCUUGGUUGCUUUUUACCUGCCAAUGGCUAUCAUGCUAGUGGCAUACUGGAAGAUCUUCAAAGCAGCGAAACGGCAGGCCAAGCAGAUCAGCGCCAUGGAAAGCCAGAUGGCCGCUGGAGUGGGCAAAGACUCAAGCAAGAAAAAGAAACACCGUAAUACCAUGAAGAGAGAAAGAAAAGCAGCAAAAACUUUAGGCAUCAUCAUGGGAGUUUUCCUCAUCUUCUGGAUGCCUUUCUUUACAGUCAACAUUGUGGACCCUUUUAUCGAGUACAGCACAGAGGUUGUGAUCUGGGAUACUUUGGACUGGACCCCCAGACACAGACACAGCAUAGCAAAGCGGCAAUGUAAAGUCUGCAGUGCCUUGGCCCACAAUUUCCUGCUCAUGCACUUUGGUCAACUUUUCCAGAAGGCAAGAAAUGAGAAAAUGAACUUACCCAUCGGUAGAAAGAAGAAAAAGGGCAGCCAACAGAGUAUGAACAUCCCCACCACGAUGGCGAGCGUCUUUGCAGCCUUUUUCUCCCGAGAGAACUUCAUCAGCCGCACUGAGAGCGAACUUCGAAACGGGUGGUUUUUGCUGCUUUUGGAGUUGGUCGGACGCGCGUGCUCCAGCACGCUGCGACAGUGUAUACGGAGGACUACCUCCACAGACUUAUUUCUCUCCCGUUUCACACCCGCUUCUAGGCUCUUAGUAGUCCUGCGGGCCACCACGUACACCCUAAAAUACAUGAUGAGAAUGACCAUGAGCGGGAGG